CGAUUUGCAAGAAUCGACCCAACUCUAUUUAAGAGACUGUUUUCACCAGUUGAUUUCAUGAAAAUUUGAUUGAAAAUUAUAACUUGAAUACGAUUCCACUAUGUCAUUCCUGCGUGGAUCACUAAACUAUGUUUGGUGCACAACCAGCGUGCUGGGCAAAGGGGCCACCGGCUCAGUGUUUCAGGGAGUGAAUAAGACAACUGGCGAAUCGGUCGCUGUUAAGACUUUUAACCCAUAUAGCCACAUGCGUCCUGCUGAUGUUCAAAUCCGUGAGUUUGAGGCUCUGAAAAAAGUGAACCAUGAAAACAUUGUGAAGCUGCUGGCGAUCGAGGAGGAUCAAGAGGGGCGUGGCAAGGUGAUUGUUAUGGAGUUGUGUACGGGUGGAAGUCUUUUUAAUAUACUGGAUGAUCCGGAGAACUCGUAUGGCCUGCCAGAACAUGAAUUCCUUUUGGUACUUGAGCAUCUCUGCGCCGGCAUGAAACAUUUGCGUGACAAUAAGUUAGUGCAUCGUGAUUUGAAGCCUGGCAACAUUAUGAAAUUUAUAUCGGAGGAUGGCCAAACCAUAUAUAAGUUGACUGACUUUGGUGCUGCGCGAGAGCUCGAAGAUAAUCAACCGUUUGCCUCGCUCUAUGGCACAGAGGAGUAUUUGCAUCCUGAUCUCUACGAGCGUGCUGUGCUCCGUAAAUCCAUACAACGAUCAUUUACGGCCAAUGUGGAUCUGUGGUCCAUUGGAGUUACGCUUUACCACGUGGCAACUGGUAAUUUACCCUUCAGACCAUACGGUGGUCGUAAAAACCGCGAAACAAUGCAUCAAAUAACCACAAAGAAGGCAUCUGGGGUCAUAUCUGGCACCCAGCUAGCCGAGAACGGACCUAUAGAGUGGUCCACAACGCUGCCACCACAUGCACAUCUUUCACAGGGUCUCAAGACACUCGUUACACCAUUGCUAGCGGGACUACUGGAGGAGAAUCGAGAGAAAACUUGGUCAUUUGAUCGAUUCUUUCAGGAGGUGACACUAAUCCUGCGCAAGCGUGUCAUUCAUGUCUUUUUCACGAACCGGACCAGCUCGGUAGAAGUUUUCCUAGAGCCGGAAGAGCAAAUAGACAACUUCCGAGAACGCAUUUUCCUGCAAACUGAGGUGCCCCUGGAAAAACAAAUAUUGUUGUUCAACAACGAACAUCUGGAAAAGAAAGUUACACCACGUACGAUUGCCAAGGCCUUUCCAACCACAACCACGGAUCAGCCCAUAUUCCUGUACAGCAACGAUGAUAAUAAUGUUCAAUUGCCACAGCAAUUAGAGCUGCCUAAAUUUCCAGUGUUUCCUCCAAAUGUGUCUGUUGAAAAUGACGCCAGUUUGGCAAAGGCAGCUUGCAGCGUGGGGCAUGAAUGCAAACGACGAGUGGAUAUAUUUACAACAAUGGACAUUCUAAUCAAGAAAGGCGUUGAGCACUUCAUUGAGAUGCUUAUUACCACAAUUACGCUGCUCUUAAAAAAAACAAAGAGCUUUGACAAUCUGCUGUCGACAGUAGUUGACUAUGCAGAUGUGGUGCAGAAUAUGACUAGAGUGACCAAGGGAGAUCAGGAGCUAAAGUGUCUGCUCAGCUCGCUGGAGAAUGUGAAAAGUGAUUUCGAUGGAGCAGCCGAUGUGAUAACUCAGAUGCACAAACACUUUGUUACAGAUGAUGAGCUAAAUGAGCAGUGGUCAUCAUCGAUGCACGGCAAGAAGUGUCCGUGCCGUACACGGGCCAGCGCACAGGCCAAGUAUUUAGUAGAGCGCUUGCGUGAUUCGUGGCAACAUCUGCUGCGUGAUCGUGCAACACGUACGCUUACUUACAACGAUGAACAGUUUCAUGCGCUGGAGAAGAUCAAAGUGGAUCACAAUGGCAAGCGUAUUAAGCAGCUGCUCCAGGACAAUGUUAAUCCUGCUGUUGCACAAAUGGCUGAGUGCUUGGCCGAUUGGUAUAAACUCGCACAAACGGUUUACCUAAAGACACAAAUAUUGGAGAAGGAUGUGCGCGACUGUGAGCGCAAAUUGUACGACAUUCGCGAUGAGCUAUACCACAUAAAGUCUGAGCAGAAGCUCGAUGUAGAUACUAAAACCAUUUCUAGCAAUAAUCAAUUGGCCAAAAUUGAGGAACGUAAUCGCUUGCGCAUUAUGAAGCAGCAGCAGCUGGAGGUUAUGUCCGUGAUGAGAAAGAACAGCGAACUGAUAACGCUUCUGAGUAAUCUAGGCAUUGUCAAUGGCAAUGUAAAUGGGAGCUAGCUUAAACAUAAAUAUAUUAAUUAGUUAUAAAGCAUAAACGUGCAGCAUGUGUUUGACAAUUGAUAGUAUUAUAAUGUAAAUAAUAAAUAUAGAAACCAACCAGCAUU